AUGAGCCAUCCCCAGCCACCGUAUCCCAUUCAUCCUUCGGUGGCCAAUCGACUGCACCCCCAAUACGUCGCCUUCUAUAACGAAUAUCUCCUUCAUGCCCCGUUAGUCCACCAUCAGCCAGUGGAGGUAUCCCGCAUUGGCGGCAGGAUUAUUCCUGGUGGCAGCGAAGCCCUCCCUGUCGGUAAGACACAGGACUUCUCUUUUAAGCGCCGAGAGACCAAUGGACCCGAAGUAAGGGUCCGGUGCUUCACGCCUCCGGGUGAAGCUCCUGCGGAUGGAUGGCCCGUCAUGCUAUACAGCCAUGGCGGCGGCUGGGUAUUGGGGAAUAUCGACACCGAGAACCCAGCAUGCACCAACAUGUGCAUCAGAGCCAACUGUGUUGCCAUCACAGUGGACUACAGACUCGCACCAGAAGAUCCAUACCCUGCUGCGGUUCACGACGUUUGGGAGGCUCUGCUCUGGACCGUCUCCGAAGGAGCGCAGGUUCUGAACUUGAACCUUCACCGUUUUGCUGUGGGUGGAUCCAGUGCGGGUGCGAAUCUCGCUGCUGUCUUGACCCAGAAGCUGCUGUCGAGACCAGAAAUCCACUCACAGGUCACACUGAAGUUUCAAUUGCUAGUCGUACCGGUCACCGAUAACACAGCCACUGUCGAGAAUAACAAGACCUGGAAGGAGUUUGAAUUCACACCGGCGCUGCCAGCGCUGAAGAUGAUGUGGUACCGAAAACAUUAUCUGCCCGAUAUCAAUUCCUGGGCAGACACAGAUGCCUCGCCACUGCUCUUCAGCGCAGAUCACUUCGCGAAGCUUCCGCCUGCCCAGAUCUUGGUAGGAGAGGUCGAUGUGCUCCGCAGCGAGGGCGAAGAGUAUGCUCGCAAACUCCGUGAGGCCGGUGUGGCCGUAGAUGUGGAAGUCAUGCGCGGGAUGCCCCAUCCGUUCAUGGCCAUGGACAGCAUCCUCGACGAAGGGCGCAGAGCCAUCAACAUCAUGUGUGACAGCCUUGCGAGGGCUCUCUGA